AUGAGUUCCGGAUUUGUUUCGGAAACUGAGCUUGCCGAACGUCGCAGAAUCCGUCAAGAAGAAUGGGACAAAGUUAGAACGGCUGAACAGCCUUUGGCGGUGCCCGAAGAACAAUAUGAUCACCGAUCAUUGUUUGAUAGACUCGAGGAACAACGCAGAAAAAAAGAAUACGAAUAUGAAGAAACUCACAAACUCAAAAACAUGAUUAGAGGUCUGGAUGAUGAUGAAGUAGGAUUUCUUGAACUGGUUGAUAAGACAAAAAUGGACGAAGAAAGACGUCAGCUAAUUGAGGAGGCCAGACAGAUUGAAGAAUAUCGUUCAAAAGUAUCAACUCUUCAGUGUGAAACUAUUGUUUCUCCGUUGAUGGUCCCUAUUCCUAAACCACAGACUUUGAAAAGUAGCGUACCAAGAAAAACACAGAGUAAGCUAUUGGCAGGUGCAAUCAUAAAGAAAAGAACAUCCGAGGAAAGCACUAAUCCUUCAAAAAAACACAAACCUACCUCUGACGAAUCUAAAAUAUUACCAGAGAAAUUAACAAGUGAAACCAAAUCUAAUAUUUUACCAGGUCUUGCAUAUUCAGAUAGCUCUGAUAGUGAAGAUGACUAG